UCAGUUUUCCUCUUGACAUGAAAGACCGCCACUGCGAACAAGUUUUGGGAGUUGCAUUUCGAGCUCAUAUCGUUCAUGCGUCUUAACUUUAUUCGGGAAGAAAAAGGGAAAAGUAGCACUGCUUCUCACAAAUUUCAUAUUCCUUGACAUGUAAAACGACACCAAAUCGGUUACGACAAAUGCUAACCCCUCACGCAUGGUAGACAACACAACGUAGUUUUGUUGAAAAUUCUUUAGCAACUGACAAUUCCCGUUUCUCAGCCUUAAAAUUGCACCAAACCACUCUCUCUCUCUCUCUCUGUAAACAUAAAUCCAUAAAAAAACCAGACUGUUUUGAGGAGACGGUGAGGAUUUUUCUUUGGACUCUACGUGGGUUUUUGAUGAAUUGAAAAGGCAAGAAAGGAAUUUAGAAAUUUCGACUUGUUUGGGCUUGUAUGCAAAGAGCACCUGAUCAAGACUUGGUUCCCAUAAAUUCAGAGAUCAAACGCACAUUUCAUCACAGGCAAAGAGAAGCAAGAGCGGCACAAUAGAUGACUAACGAGCAAAAUCGACCUGUAAUUCAACUCAACGAAGGUGCGGGGGUCGAAGAUGAAGGGAAUGUGGUACUUGGGGACUUCAUGGCACCGUUGGAGGUCCAAAGUCAAUCUAGCAUAGUGUAUCCUCCAUUUGGGUAACCGAACUUCCAGUUGAAAACAAAUGUGAUUCAACUAUUUCAGAAUGGGCAUCAAUACCAUGGGAUGGCUAGUGAGAAUCCACAUACACACAUAUCCCGAUUUCUGGACAUGUGCCAAAACUUUAGGUACCGGGGGUAUCUCAGACGAUGCUAUAAGACUGCGAUUGUUUCCACACACUUUGCGGUAUGAAGCACUUAAAUGGCUGGAUUCACUUCCCGUCGCAAGCAUCACCACUUGGAACGAGCUAGCACACAAAUUUUGUAUCAAGUUCUUCUCGCCAACUAAGGUAGCAAAAAUGCAGCAUGACAUCUCUAUAUUCAACCAAGGCGAAUCCGAAUCAUUUGAAGAGGCACGUAAUCGUUUCAAAAAUAUGUUAAGGAAAUGUCCUCAGCAUGGUUUUGAUAAGAAGACACGAAUCCGAUUUUUCUAUACUGGGGUUACUUCCAUCCUUCAAGAGCAUGGUAGAUUCAUCAUCCGACGGGUCUAUCUCCACAAGAACAAUUGACGGAGCCUGGGAACUAUUUGAGAGAAUGGCUACAACUUCAGCCAUGUGGUCUACAGAUCGAGUGGUUCAGAAAAGAACGCCGGGGGUUUAUGAAGUAGAUACUUACUCAGCAUUAUCCACGAAGAUAGACUCUUUGUUCCAUAAGGUGGAGAGCAUUUCACAGACCGCCACUGUAAAACAAGAGAAGAAGAUAAGCUGUGAAGAAUGUGGAGCAGACCACAAUACUGUCAACUAUCCAAUUCGCACACAAGGGGUCGAACAUGCAAAUUUUGUGCAAUGGGGUCGACGCCAACAGAACAACUCACAUUCGGAAACCUUCAAUUAGGGCUGGAGAAAACACCCAGACUUCUCAUGGAGCAACCAGAAUCAAAACUGACCACAAGGUCAAUAUCAGCAGCAAGAUAAAAAGCCACCAUUAGAAGAGAUGUUUGAGAAAUUCAUGGCAACGACUAAUCAGUAGAUGGAAGUCAACAACCAGUUUAUGCGAAAGACAGACGCAACUCUUCAAGACCAAAGUGCAGCAAUCAAAAAUUUGGAGACUCGAAUGGGACAGACGACAAUCUCCAUGACAAGAAGAGCACCAGGAAACCUACCCAACAACACUGAUAUCAACCCUAAGGAGCACGCAAAGGCUAUAACAACCAGAAGUAGAAUACAACUAUCGGAGAUACAUGUAAAAAGACCGGUAACC